AUGGGAGAAGAACAAUUCGGAGUUCGCCACGUUAUCGGUGCACCUAUAGCCACGACGAGACUAUCAGAACAGGCGAUAGUAUGCAUACCUCCAAGAUCUGCGAAGUUCACUUUAGCAGAAUGGAAAUUAAGCAACGAUAUGCGAAGUCGAAAUACCGAAGACCAGCAGCAACUAGCAGAUCGGGUACUCAGAGAAAGCGAAAGGAUAAGAGAAGAGACGGGUGAACGAGCCGCCAUCAUGAAAGCUACGUCAGACAGAAGGAUCGAGGAGCGAAUCGGCGACAUCGAGUUUAAUAAAAAUGAACUUCAAGUGCAAAGGAAAGAAAUCUGCCUGGAGCUGGAAUCGUUAGGCGUGUAUAAGACGCGUCUUCAAGACUGUCUCGCAUCUUUACAGUCUAACGCUCUCACAAUCUGUCGCAAAUGUUUAAUGCUGCGCGAUGGGCGAAUUGGCAUCGACUUGGUAGUAGAUGAAGUAGAACAUGCUUUACAGCAAGAGAUAACUACAAUCCUCGGUGGUCAGAGCCUUUUGAAACGCGCCCUGGAGCAAUUGAAUGAGCAAAUGCGACGUCUCCGAUCCACUAGAUACCUUCUAGACAGAGAUUUGCAAUAUAAACAAGCAGCUAUUGACUUAGACAAAGGUUCGCUAUCACUGAAACCGACUGAUCUCUGCCUAUCAGUCUAUGAAGGGUAUGCUAAUCUAGACCCUGCUAAUAUAUCUGCUGACGAAUAUAAUGCGUAUUCUGGCAAAAAUAUUCAACUGGCAGCUCGAGAAGUAACGAGUGCUCGUCCCAUACGCGUUUUUAUUGAUGUGCUACUCAAGCAAGUUAUUGAUGAUCUUUGGGGCGCUUAUAACAAGUGCAACCAUGAGUUUAAUGAACGUAUAGAAGAUACGAAACGUGCAAAAGCAAAGUUGGAGGAUAUGCACAGAGAUACAACACAGAAGAUUGCAGAUAUGACGAACAAUAUUCUGCAAUUGCAGAAGGCGUUGUCUGAUAAGGAAGGUAAUACGGCGUUGGCUCAUACCAGGCUUGGGAGACGAGCACAGCGAAUCGGAGCCGAAUUGGUUCGAGAUCCUCCUGGCCAAUCAUUGUACUACGAAUGCGAAAUGUUGCGUCAUAGCACGGAACAGCUCCAACAAAUGCUGCAUGAAGCCAACGCGUCGUUGCGCUAUUUACUUCAAACACAAAUCCAGUUGGAAGAAGAUAUCAACGUGAAAAUGAACACUUUGAAAAUUGAUGAAGUCGAUUGUAUGACGUUACGUACUACGAUGGAUUAUCAUGCUUAUUAA